AUGCGCGUCGUCAGGACUCUGUCAGGACUCUGUCAGGACUCUGCAGGCCAGGCCGUGAGCGUGGGCCGGUCGGGCCUGAUCCUGCGGGUCCCUGCGCGGCUGACAUGGCCAGCCAAGCCGUAUGCGCUGCCGUGGGCGCUGUCGUGGGUGCUGCCGUGGGUGCUGCCGUGGGCGCUGCUGUGGGCGCUGCCGUGGGCGCUGCCUCGGUCAGCAGUCGGUCAGCAGUCGGCCGCCGGUGGCAAAUCGGGGGGGCGCGGGCCAUGGACGUCGUGGCCGAGCUUUGCUGCCUUCUUGCACGUUGCCGGCUGUAACGUUGCCUGCACCAUGGCCGCGCCUCUCUUGCUUGUGCGCUUUUCAUGGUCGAGCCGAGUGGCGCGAGAGUGA